AUGGUGCGACUCUCGAUCCGUGCAUCGGUCAGGGCAGGGAUGGCAGCGAGUGCCGUACAUUGGAUCGAGGCCUUCCAACAUGUGCUGGAGCAUGGUGAUGGCAAAGCCUUUUUGCCAUGGAUCGCGAUGGACCCGCCUACCUAUACCCAGCUGCAAUCCAGUUUGCAGUCCAUGACGACAACGAAGGUGGGUGCGAAGCUCCGUGUACCUACGAACCUCACCUCCCAAAAGAAGCGACUCACGUCCUUUGCGCAAGACUUUCUCGACUAUGUCCAUCUAUACCCUCCUCCUUCCAGUCCUCAGAUCCCGCGCGAAGCGUAUGACGCUUGGGUCAAAGUCUAUGCGAGCGCCAAUGCUGUCUUUGCCUUGCCAGAGACUGUGUGGAUGGUGCCUAUAUUCAAGUACUUGGCUCAACAGCUCGUCGCCAUGGCCAUCCGGCUUGACCAAGCCGAUGCCUCCGCUGCGUAUACCAAAACGAUCGAUGCAGCCAGUCGUCUCUCCAAAAGCGCCGGCCUUGCAGCCAAUGACCGCACGACCCAACCAUGCAGAAGGACCAAGCGUGCUGCUGUAUUCACACUGGCCAAUGUAAGUUUUCGAGCCUAUUUCCGCCUGAACAACACGCGGCUCUGCGAAACGGUUCUUGGAUCGGUCAACAACGCUCUCCUGAUGAACCGGCGGCACGACGAUACCGAUGCCACGGGGGAAGAGUCGUAUACCAUGGCAGAGCGUGUGACAUACCACUACUACCUGGGCCAGAUCCGACUGCUACAGCACCGUGUCCUAGCCGCUGUUGAGCAUUUGCGUUGGGCCUUUGAUCGCUGUACGAAUGCGCAUCCGCACAACAAACGCAAGAUCCUCAUUCCCUUGGUGGCUGCGCAUUUGAUUCUUGGCCGCUACGCUUCUCGAUCUCUCCUGACUCAAUUUCAACUGACUGAACCUUACGGGGAACUGCUUCGGCGGCACAGAAUGGGCCAUGCAGCAGGCGCCUUGGCGACGUUGGAGCAGCAUCGCGAAUGGUUCCGUACAUGCGGCUUGUACAUGCUUCUUCGUGAGAAAAUGGUGCUUGGUUUAUGGCGCAACCUGUUCCAGCGAUGCAUGCGGUCGACGCAGAGCGCGACGUCAGCCACGCAAGGACCGCCCACUUUGUCGCUACAGACGUUGGUACGACCUGCGCGCAUGGCCUGGGACGAUCCUUCGCUAGACUUGGCGGACAUGGAAUGCAUGGCGGCCAACUUGGUCGACCAAGGCCUCAUGAAAGCCUACAUUCUUCACUCUAAAGGCGUGAUUGUACUGCAGCGCGGCCCGCACCGCGGCUUCCCGCCAAUGACAGACGUGUACCAUAGCUGA